AUGUCGGAGCCAGAUAAAAAAUCUAAUGAACCGUAUCGUCAAUUAGAAGAAUCACAUGGCGCCGAGCUAAAUGUUGGCGCACAAAGUACGUCAAGCUGUCCUACGAGUUUGGAGAAUGGCACUGAACGAUCAAUGGAACUUUCCUCUGUUGUAGUUAUACCAGAUGAUACCUUUACUGUGGUACAGGCUAUCAAUGCAUUAGGCUUUGGAAAAUUUCAAGUAAAAUUGUCUUUAUUCACGGGUCUUUGUUGGAUGGUAGAUAGUAUGGAGAUUACAAUACUGAGUAUCCUAAGUCCGUCCUUACAUUGUGAUUGGGGUAUUUCUAGAUACCAACAAGCACUGACCACAACGGUAGUAUUUCUUGGUAUGAUGUUAAGCUCUACUUUUUGGAAUAAUUUAAGCGACAGAUACGGUCGUAAGCAAGCUUUAACUUUGUGCGCAGUAUUGUUGGCCUAUUAUGCAUUUCUAAGUUCAUUUGCACCAAAUUUUCUCUGGAUUCUCUUGCUUAGAGGAGUUGUAGGAUUUGCUAUUGGUUGUGUACCACAAUCAGUGACAUUGUAUGCAGAGUUUUUGCCAGCAAAACAACGAGCAAGAUGUGUUAUUUUACUGGAUUGUUUUUGGGCUCUUGGAGCUUGUUUUGAAGUGGCAAUUGCAUUAAUCGUUAUGCCCAAUUUUGGAUGGAGAUGGCUUCUUAUAUUAUCGUCCAUUCCAUUAUUUAUAUUUGCAGUAAUAACACCGUGGCUGCCAGAGUCUACAGUAUUUGAUAUGACAACUGGAAGAAUAGAUCGUGCAAUUUCAACAUUAGAACGUGUAGCUAGAGAAAAUAAAAAAUCAUUGCCAGUAGGAAGACUAGUUAUGGAUAGAUUUUAUCAAGGUCAUCAUGGUCGAUUUAAAGAUGUUUUAAGUAAAGAAAUGUACAGAACGUCUGCUUUACUUUGGCUUGUAUGGAUGAGUACAGCAUUCUGCUACUAUGGAGUGGUAUUAAUGACAACUGAACUUUUUCAUACAUCCUCAGAGCAAUGUAGUACAUGGAGUACGAACAACAAUGAAGGUACAUGCCAACUUGACUGCCGAUUGCGGCGUAGCGACUACAUCGAUUUACUUUGGACAACAUUAGCGGAAUUUCCUGGCAUAUUUUCUACUGUUUUCGCUAUCGAAAAAAUAGGCAGGCGAAAGACAAUGGCCUGCCAGUUAGUCAUGUUCGCUAUAGUAGUUUGUUUCUUAAGCAGGACCUGUUUGUUGAGUAGAGCGGUGUUGACCAUUGCCAUUUUCCUAGCCAGAGGCCUAAUUGCUGGUGUGUUUCAAGCUGCGUACGUAUACACGCCGGAAGUGUACCCUACGCAUUUACGAAGCAUAGGUGUAAGUGCGUGUAGCGCUAUGGCACGAAUCGGUGCUAUGAUCACUCCAUACAUAGCGCAAGUAUUUUUACAAUGGUCCAUCACGGGAGCCAUGAUUACUUAUGCAACAACCGCUUUGUGUGCUGCAAUUGCUACGCUUGUACUUCCCGUGGAGACCAAAAAUCAACAAUCAAAUGAUACAUGUCAUGAAAAUACGAGAUAAAUAUCUCGUAACAAAGCAUCUUGG